AUGCCAGUUUCGCCCAGCUUCUAUUCCGAUGGUGUUCCGCCGAAUAUUCUUGGGCUCGCUGAACAGGCUGCCCGAAAUACAGGUGGCGCAUAUCGGAACAGGGGUAGACAAAGCCGGCACAAUCCUUAUCAGGGUCCUCUUCCGGAUGAUAGGCGAUGUGGUAACCGAGCUUUUACCAGCUCGAGUCGCCCACGACUUGAAGGAAUGAGACCCCCAGAUCGAUUGGUCAGCCAAGGUUACCGUAUUGCCAAUGAAGGCAACCAACACCACUACACGUACCAUCGGCAUACUAGGCCAGCGGGUUAUCAGGAAACCCUUGGUGACAAAAGACCGGCAUCGAUAACACCACCGGCAAUCAAGGUGGGGAAAUUUCUCUUGUCAGAGAAAGUAGAUGCGUGUGCAGGGGUCAAACAGACAACUGCCCCUCUAACGAAACCAACCACCACCCAGUCAUCCAUCACCAUCCCCAAAUUGUCGACACCGCAGUUAAGUGAUUCGACAAAACGUCGUUUAAGGCGAGAAAGAGCGCAGGCGGCCGCGUACCAACAACAAUCACAGUCAACAGGCCUCCACCCUCGCGAACAACGCAGGAUAGAGAGUGAAGGUGAUGGGAACGCAGACGAACCAAUAAUUACCAAAAUCGUCGUCGCUUCAAUCUCUCGACAAGGAAAUGACACAGACAAAGCGUCUUCCGACGACGAAGUAUUCCCGGAUCGGCAACCGCAACAACUUGUCGUAAAAAUGACAAGUAUGACAGUCCACGACGGCGACGACGAUGUCACCAUUACAAACAGUGGCGAUACGGCUGUUAGCCACAUACCUCCAGCGGAAACAGUGGCAGUCCGCGUAGCCUAG